UGUGGGGAUCUGUGCAAAUAGCAGCUUUUUCUCGCACAGAGGAUAAAGUGUUUGCACCUGCAAAGGCAAGUGUUAAAGGUGAUAACAAAAGGUUGACGUCACCGGGCUCAUCCUGAUCCUGCCGCACAACCUCGACCACCGAGGAGGAGGUGGAGGAGAAGGAGGAGGAGCAGCUCCAGAGCAGGAUAGCUUUAAUGGAUCGUGUCUGGAAGGAGGAGGACUAUCUCUGAUCAAAUUUCGGGUAUCCUAAGGGCGCACUUAACUAAUGGGAUCCUAUCGAUGCCUCCCCUCCUUCUCCCCGAUAGGCCUGGUCUUUACGCGGAGGAAUGUUAAUGUUGCCACAGCCUGCCUGUCCGUGUUUGGCUGCCCUCAGUCUGCUGGGUUGAUGUGAUCAGGCUGUAAUGUCACGGAUUUUAUUGAGGAACAUACCGCAGUAGAGCAACUCCACAGCGACCGAUGGGACUAGGGAAGUUAGAGGAGCAGCUCGGCUCAUGUGUGAGGAGAAGUGCGUGUCCCAUGUUGCAUUAGUGUCUGUGUGAAAUGCUGGCCUGUCUGCCAGGGCCAGGUGACCUCCCCCUCCAGCUUCUCCCCCACACGCAGAUGAACACUGGACUGCAGAAAUGGGACACCAUACAAAGGAUGAGAUCCGCUCCGUUUCCAACCCCUGCAGAAUUGGACGCAUAUGCUAAGAAGGUUGCCAACAACCCCCUCACCAUCAAGAUCUUUCCCAACAGCGUCAAAGUCCCCCAGCGUAACCACGUUCGCCGUACGGUCAACGGGCUGGAUACGUCGGGCCAGCGCUACAGCCCUUACCCCCCCUCUCAGGCCAACGCCAAGACGGGACUCCUCGCCAUCGUUAAGGUCCCCACAGUCAAAGGUAUCCUGAAAGAUUUUGAUGGUAGUCGGGUUCGCUUGCACUCGGAAGUGAGUAUGAAUCCUACCACUGGACCCUACCAAGUGGCUUCAACCAGCACUUUAAACCACCACCCACCUCUGCCCACCCUGCCCCUCCCCCAGCACAGCUUAACCCACCAACAGCAGGACCUGCCUCAGACUUUACAUCUACCCCUUUCUCAACAGCAGGCUCACACUCAGAGUCUUAGACACCCUCCUCCUCUGGCCCUACACCCUCAGGGGCCGAUCAGACUCCAGACUCUGUCUCAGCACCCGGCCCUCGGCCACCCGCAGGGGCCCCCUGCAGUCAUGCUUCAACAACAGCCUCCACAUGGGCUGCAGGGGACCAGAAAGCUGCCAGAUGGCGACGUGCCACCUAACGUUACCGUCUCUACCUCAACCAUUCCACUCUCGAUGGCCGCCGGUUUGCACCAGGCCCGUCAGGCUGACCUGAGCACCAUUGUGCAUCAGCUCAACCAGUUCUGCCAAGGGAGGGUCCAGGGCCCCGGAGCUAGCUCCAUGUGUGAGGGCCAGAUCGCCAACCCCAGUCCCAUCGGUCGCAACCUGCUUAUCAGUGCAUGCUCCAGGGUUUCCAUGCACAGUAACCCCGCCACCCCCGGCUUUCCACCACCCAACUGCAUUAUCGCCCCCCAAGAAAAAGCCACAGCUCCGAUGGGAGCCCACCCCCCAUCCAGUGUGGCUGGUAUGAACCACUUGCCUUCCAACCACGCUGAUCCAAAGCAUCAGCAGCACAUGCAGCAGCAUAUUCACCCCCAACAGAAUCAGCUCCAACAUGCCACCCAGCAGCAGCAGCAGAAGAUGCGCUCCUGGAACCCCCAUCAGCUGGCUCAUGUCCCCCACAUUCAGAACGGCUUGACGCACCUCUGCAAACAGCCUUCUAGGGACCCAUCCUUCCAUUUUAAAGGCAUGGGGUACCCUGCAGAAGUGUUGGGGGGUCAGCCGUACUCACUGAAGCCUCCAGUGGACAGGCCCACGCCUUCCCCGCCCGUCAACAGCAGCAGCAUGCCCGGUCCUAUGGCCCACUACACUAACGGUCACUACUUCCAGUCCCACAUCUGGAGCAGCAGCAUCCUUCCCACACCCAACAGUGACAGCUCUGGGUCUCAGGAUGUAGCCAUGUCAUUCCACAAUGCAGGCCCAGGAGGGUGUACCACGCUGGACUGUGGGCCCCCUGGGGCUCCCCAUUACAGGCUCCCAACGAGCUCCACCAUGUCCUCAGCCGGCCAGACUAAUCUGAUGCAAACGGCAGAUUACUUGGGUGGGGACUUCCAGACGCCCUACUUCCGCGAUCAGAAUCUCGGGUUGAUGGGCAAGAUGCACAGGCCCCCUCUGAGCAGGGUAGGUCCAGAGGUUGGAGACGGCAGAACCGCUCUCAUCCAGCACCCAGGGUACAGAUAAGCUAUGGCCUUGUCUCCACAACCAUUAUCAAGCCCUUUUGUUUAGUCUUAAGAAACGAAACACAAGAAUAAAACUCAACAGAUAACUUAAAGGACAACAAGUAUUAAGAGGGUAAAAUAAUAUAUUUAAUGCAGAACAAUAUUUUUUUUUGUCAUUCUUUUGUUUCAUCUUGCAAGUGAUCAAUUGCUGGAUUUAGUUCAUGCUUUUACCUGCAGCCCAGGUACCCUGUUUCUGAAAGUGUGUGUAAACAUAGUCCUCUCUGCUUCUUCCUCCAUCAUAACACUGAAUAUCUGUGCCUGGAUUUGAACAGAGUCUGUCUUCUCUCUUCUUCAGAUCCCCAAUGAGACUUUUCUUAUGCAUGUAAGACAAAAUUGAAAGUUAUCCCUCAUAGGAAAAAAAAAAAAGCGACAUUACCUGAUAUUUUUUCUUUUUUUUUUUUUUGGCUGGAACUGGUUAAGACAUUCACUUCGGUGGUGAUUUUAAAAUUAAGUACAAUCACUUUCAUGCAGUAAUAAAAAGAGAAGAUAAAGAGACAGAUGGGGAAGGGGCUAUAAAAAAAAAACACAUAAAGAGGCUUUUUUUCUUUUUUUAAUGUUGUGCAUAGUAGGACUACUACAGAUAAAUUCCUUUCAGGCUGUAAAUGAAACAUUUAAUCAGGUUGUUUGUACGUUUUAAAGACAAAACUGGAGCAAAUAUGACAAAAAAAAAAAAUCAAUGCUUCUUUCUGCUUAUGAUGCUGCAGUGAAUUCAGGUAUUUAGAAGAAUUAGCCUUGUUACUAUUCAUAUUUAGUGACAAGAUAUAUAAACAUUAAGGGCAGAUAAACACGGAAACCCUCCUCUACCUUAAAAUGGCCAAAGUCAGGUUGAUGAAGACACACCAGUGUGAAACUGUGCCAUCACAUCUCUUUCCACUUUUCAGAUUAGUUUUCCUUUUUAUUUUUUAACCAAAUGUAUUACUUGAAUGUUGAGUUCUUCAUUUUGCAGGUAUUGAAAGGGAUCCGUCUGCUUUGUGGAGACUGAAGAAGUUUGUUGUUUUAAUGUGACGAAGAAUCUAAAGCCAAGGCGGAGCUUCUAACCCCGACGGGGUUUAAAAACCCACUGAGUUGCUACUGAUGCUGAUGUGAAGUCUGCUCCAAUAGACCAAAUUGAUCACUUGCAAGAUCGAGGGAAACGAACCCCUCCUGGGUUUCGGGUUUUAACGUGAAAAACAGCAAAUGCAUUGUUUAUUUUCUUGUACACUGGCUUACCUACUAGACUACUGUAACUUUUAAUGAUUGUGUGUGACUGCUGCUUGCUGACGCGGGCGCAGAUAAGUGAGCAUUGAGGUUUGUGUGUGAGUGUGUAUGUGUGUAUAAUAACACAAUGACACCUAUGUUUUGUUCACCU